AUGGUUUAUAUGUCAUUAUAUUCAAUUGUUCUAUUAAGUUUUUUGUUCGUCAAUCAAGGUAUGACAAUACCGACGACGAAUGAAGAUCGAACCAUGAUGAAAUGUCAACGUUCAUUAACAUAUGAAGAGAUACAGCAUAUACUUGCGCAAGGUCCAUGUAUAGACAAUCGAUUAAAACGCAAUAAUGAUAAUCAAGCCAGCUCUACGAAUCAUAUCUAUGCACUACAAUCAACUAUCAAUGAUCAACGAAAAUUUAUUCAAGAUCAUCACAGAUUGAUCUUCCAUUUAAUGAAUAAUACGAUCAACGUGACUCAACUUGAGCAAUACUAUGCAGAACAACAUAGUAAAAUGAAACCCCAUUGGAAAAGUUGGCGUGAUAUAUCUCUUCUGCUAUUGAUAUCUAUUUGUAUUGGAAUUCCAAUCUGUUUUGUGAUAAGUCGCAUUCGUCUUCUUGAUGUACUCACAUCUUGUUUACUUCGCCGUCAUCAACAUAAACUUGAACAAAAACACAGUCAAGAUACCUAA